CUCUAAACAGAAAAUAGGGAGGAGGAACUGGAAAUGAAUAGAAAGAAGAAAUAUAGAUAGAAUAGAGAUAGAGAGGAACAGAUUGGGUAAAACAUGUCUGUCUCCUUUUCUUGCUAUGUUGCUCCUGCUCCUUCCCACAUAUUCGGCAGCAGGUCCUCUCCACCCGUCCAUUGUCCUGCUUUCCCUCUCCCCUCUUUGUUUUUAUACCCUUCUUCGUCCUCAUUCGCAUCCCGACAUCUCCCUCACAAACACAAAGCCGCCGGGAUUAUGAAGAGAGCCGCAGACUUUCACACAAAUGCCACUCCUGCUGAUGAUGACGAUGAAGAUGACGACAUUGAAGAUGAAUACGAAGAUGCCGACCCUUUCUUGCCUGAGAAGUGGGAUGUUUUGGGUCUUGGCCAAGCCAUGGUGGAUUUUUCUGGCAUGGUUGAUGAUGAGUUUCUGGAAAAACUGGGUUUAGAAAAAGGUACAAGGAAGCUUGUGAAUCACGAAGAGAGAGGUCGAGUCUUGAGAGCAAUGGAUGGUUGUAGCUAUAAGGCUGCUGCUGGUGGCUCCCUUUCCAACAGCCUUGUGGCCUUGGCCAGGCUUGGCAGCACAUCCAUUGGAGGCUCUCCCUUGAGUGUUGCCAUGACAGGGAGUGUAGGGAGUGAUCCCUUGGGUGGCUUUUACAGAGCAAAGUUACGUCGGGCUAAUCUGCAUUUUCUUUCUCCACCUAUCAAAGAUGGGACGACAGGGACAGUAAUAGUUCUUACAUCUUCAGAUGCCCACCGUACAAUGCUGGCAUAUCAGGGAACAUCUUCGACUGUUAAUUAUGAUUCGUGCUUGGCUAGUGCAGUUUGCAAUACGAAAAUACUUGUAGUUGAGGGGUAUUUGUUUGAACUUCCUGAUACAAUCAAGACAAUUACAAAAGCAUGUGAAGAAGCACACAGGUGCGGAGCGCUGGUUGCAGUUACAGCAUCAGAUGUUUCCUGCAUUGAGAGACACUACGACGAUUUCUGGGAAAUUGUUGGGAACUAUGCAGACAUUGUUUUUGCAAACAGUGAUGAAGCGAGAGCCUUCUGUCACUUUUCCUCCAAGGAGAGCCCCAUUUCCGCUACAAGGUAUCUCAGCCAUUUUGUUCCAUUUGCCUCGGUUACUGAUGGACCAAGAGGCUCUUACAUUGGUGUAAAAGGAGAAGCUGUAUAUAUCCCUCCUUCUCCAUGUGUACCAGUGGACACCUGUGGUGCCGGGGAUGCAUACGCAUCAGGAAUUUUGUUUGGUAUUUUGAGAGGAGUAUCAGAUUUGAAAGGAAUAGGUACAUUAGCAGCUAGGGUUGCAUCCACGGUUGUUGGACAGCAAGGCACUCGGCUUAGGGUUCAAGAUGCAGUAGAGUUGGCAGAAUCAUUCACGUUCCAUCUUGAUAGUUCCACUAUUAGGUCAGAUAUUGGGUCAGAUCAUAUAUCCAGCUUCUAAUUAGACCCUAUGUUAAUUUCCAAUAUUAUUUUAUUAGAUAUAAACAUUGUUCAUGACUUUUGUACAUUAUACAUAUUGCGGACCGGUAUUGGGAGCCAUGUAAUGAAGUUACCACGACUUUCUCCCAAUUUUGUUGGCUAUUCGGCCUCAUGAAAUCUUGUAAGUGUAUAAUUCUGGGUUGAGGG